GCCAAUGGGGGCCCUUGGGAUGCACACAGUGGGGUGACAGGCAGUGUUGCUGGAGAAAAAAAUACAGAGCUGCCUGAGGUGGGAGGAUGUGAUGACGUGGCCCCACUCAGCGGGAACUCGGGCCUUUAAAAAGCUGAAGAAACAGCCUCAGAGUAAACGGUGGUUCCACAGGAGGAAAGCACGCCCAGUCACAUUAAAGAAGCCAAACUGUCUGCUUCAAAGAGAAAAGGCAACAUCCUGUCACAGGCCAUGCUCUGGCAAAAAUCCACAGCUCCAGAGCAGGCUCCUGCCCCUCCACGGCCAUACCAGGGUGUUCGAGUCAAGGAGCCGGUGAAGGAGCUACUGAGAAGAAAGCGUGGCCAUACCACUGUCGGGGCAGCUGGGCCACCAACUGCGGUGGUACUGCCCCACCAGCCCCUGGCAACCUACAGUACAGUGGUGACAGAGGAGGGGACAUUAUGUGCUGGCUGGCUCUCCCAACCUGCCCCGGCGACUCUUCAGCCCUUGGCUCCAUGGACACCCUACACGGAGUAUGUGUCCCAUGAAGCUGUCAGCUGCCCAUACUCCACUGACAUGUAUGUGCAGCCUGUGUGCCCCAGCUAUACAGUGGUGGGACCCUCCUCGGUGCUGACCUAUGCUUCUCCACCACUCAUCACUAAUGUCACGCCAAGGAGCACGGCUACACCCGCGAUGGGGCCCCAGCUGGAAGGCCCAGAGCACCAGGCGCCCCUCACCUAUUUCCCGUGGCCUCAGCCCCUUUCCACACUGCCCACCUCCAGUCUGCAGUAUCAGCCCCCAGCCCCAACCCUGUCUGGGCCCCAGUUUGUCCAGCUCCCCAUCUCUAUCCCAGAGCCAGUCCUUCAGGACAUGGAUGACCCCAGAAGGGCCAUCAGCUCCCUGACCAUUGACAAGCUACUGCUGGAGGAAGAGGAAAGCAGCACGUAUGAGCUCAACCACACCCUCUCCGUGGAGGGCUUUUAGGGUUGGCUUGCCUCUAACGGCCCUUUCACCCGAAACUGAGAUUUAAAAAGGGCUCAAUAGAGCCCAGACUUCUGUUUGAAGUAACUAUUUCAUAGGUUCCCUUUCUUCCUAAAGCUGAAUUGUAUUCCUUCUUUUCUCCCUACUUCCUUCCUUCCCCCGACUCCCAUCUUGCUUCCUUAUUCUCUUUUGAGUUUUCUUCCUCUGAAGUGACAAAUGAUAGUGAUAUGAACAACUCUUUAUAGCGAAUGUCACCAAGUCUGCAGCUCAGGGUUUUCCUUUGGUGGCACGUCAUUAGCGAAGCACCCAUCUCUCGGGUGCCCCCUGCUUUCUGGCCGCAGUAGCUUUACAGAUCUAUUCUAUGACCACUUACACUUUCUGCCAUUCUGAAAUGUACCCUGGUUUUGUUUUGUGUUCUGUUCUCAGCCUUGGCCACAUUUACUAAGUGGAUGUUUGUGGUCGGGUUACAGGGGGAUGGGACAGGACUAUCUGGGUGGGUAGUGACAGUCAGUGAGUGAUGGGAGACAGGGCUGAGGAGGAACGGGAUGCGGAUGUGUGUCUGUGGUUAGAGAGGGAGUGAGGAGGGGGAGGCUGAGGAGUGACCUAACAAUCAGCUUUGAAAAAAAAAAUCACUUUAAUGUGGUUGAACUGUUGUUCUUGUCAGCGAUCAGGAGGAAAGCUGGAUAUGGCAAAAAGGAUAAAUGACGAGUCUCCUGUUUCUGGCUUUCUACAGUCCCUCUAACAUGAUGCCAGCACUUAAAAUACUUUUGUCAGCAUAUUGUCAUAGCAACAGGAAAAGAAACAGGUGAAGCCUAUCAGUGAGGAGGCGCGCACUUAGUGGUUCCACGUGGGCUUUUACUUCCUGUUGUGAUUCACCCAGGGCCAUCUUGAUGUGUUGCCAUGGAUUUUUCUGCCCACUCACCGGCUGUCUCUGGGGUCCUGGAGUCCUGGUCAGCAGGUCCUCUAGACUUCGUUUUCAUUUUUUUGCAGUUUUUUUUUUUUUUCUGGAGAAGCAUAACAUUUGCUGUGGAGUGUUUUGCUGUCUUGGGGUGCUCUGCUUCUGAAGUGGAUGUGUCUUUGGGAACUGGACCACUGUUUGCUAAUGAUGCCAUCAUUAUGUACAUACAAGCUUUAGUCUGUAGAAUCCAUAUAGUAGUAAUAGAUGUUCUAGAAAAGGACAGCUUCUUUGAUAUUCCAUCCGCUUUUGUUUCCAUUCAUUUCCAUUCAAUGAGAACUUGGAGCUUUCUUUUUUCCCCAGUGUUUAUUUUGGUUCAGACUUCUCAUUAUCUAUCUAAAAAUCCUGAUAUGCUUAUCUUGAAUUUGUUAUUCCUCAUUUAGAUUAAAUGUUAGAUCUGGAUGAUAGGUUUACACUUCUAUUGGUGGUUACCAUUAACAAGAAAGGGAGCUGGAAGCCUCAGCCUAUUUAAUUAAGACCUUGUUGCACUUAAAAAACACUAUUUAAGAUUUCCUAGUUGCUUGGGAGUUUGAGACUAUGCACAGAGAAGUGAAUGCUGGGAAAGCAAACAAAAUAGCAAAGAAAGUCUUGUGAGCCUUUGCUCGGAUUGAAUUGGUGUCUUUUUCUCUUAAGACCUCAAAUAUUGGCUGCAGGCGUCUAACCAGAUUUCCUCCCGAGUUUUUCUACUUGUAUGCAACAUUUUCAAUAAAGAUGUGUAGACGA